AUGGAGCAGGUGACGGGCGUUGGGUGCUGGUUGGUGCUGGUCAGCGGGUGCUACGGCCUCAUCAUCCCCAUGGCUGAGUUCACCAGUCAAAAGGACUUGGCUGCUGCUUUGGUGGUUUACACGGCGCUGGUAACGGCCGUCGCAGCGAUGCACAUUACGACCAGCUUGCUAGAUCCCCAGGAUCUGGAGGGCUGUGAUACCUUGCCAGACGUCCCAGAGGCUGGCACCUGGUUCUGCCAGGCCUGCAAGGUCAGUGGCGGCAGCGGAGGCGGCGGUGGCUGUGUCAGAGCGCAGGGCAAGUACGCGCGCUCCGGCACCAAGCACUGCGCCUCGUGCCGCAAGUGUGUCUCGCGCUUUGACCAUCACUGCGUCUGGCUCAACACCUGCAUCGGCGGCCGCAACUACUGGACGUUCUUCGGGCUGCUGAACACUGUCGUAGGCUUGCUCGCAGCCGAGGCGGGCAUCGGCGCCGCCAUCCUUGCGCGCAGCUUGACCACCAGCAAGUCGUUUGACGCUGCGCUGCAAGCUGUAUACCCGACGCUUAUGCAGCCAUGGGGCUACCGCGCCGCGCUGUGCGCGACCGUACUCAUCUCACUGUGCCUCCUGGCUUCGCUGGCCGGCCUGUGGGCGACGCACUGGGUGCUUCUUGUCAAGGGCGCCACAACCUGGGACAUGAUUCGCGCGCACCUUGAGCCACGGCGCCCGGGCAGCGGCCGCCAGGGCAGCGCCGACGGCGACGGCAUCCUGCGCUACGGCGGCGGCAGCGGCCGCGCAUGGCCGUCGCCGCGCAGCGCCGUGGGCGCCGCGGGCGCGCAGCUGCUGCCGGCGGCGCAUCUCAACGAUGGCGUCACAUUUUCGGUCCCCUCCGAGAUGGUGUGA